AUGUCUCUGUUUCCCUCUCUUCCUUCAACCCUAAAUCCCUUCCUCUCUGCGUUUCCCGCUCCGCCUCCAUCUUACACCCUUCCCUCUCCUUCAAACUCAACCCUCUCUUCGCUUCCUGCGCCGUCAAAUGCUCCUUCGACCUGUCGCAUUUCGCCAGAAACGUCGCCGUAUCAUCAGAUUUCGAAGUGGAGGAAGAUGACAUGUUCACUGACGAUGAUUCUCCCCCGCCGACACAAGAGCGUAACUCCUUCUCCGCUGACCUCAAACUCUUCGUCGCGCUUUGCUCAGCUUGCUCAGCUGUUUGAGAGCGCUGGAACUGUUGAGAUGGUUGAGGUAAUCUAUGACAAAGUUACUGGCAGGAGCAGAGGUUUUGGGUUUGUGACAAUGUCUACUGCAGCUGAAGUUGAGGCAGCUGCUCAGCAGUUUAAUGGCUGUGAACUUGAAGGCAGAGCUUUGAGGGUUAACGCUGGAACUCCUCCACCAAAGAGGGAGGAAUCAUUCUCCAGAGGACCAAGAAGUGGUGGUUACGGUUCAGAACGUUCCAGCUACGGUUCUGAGCGUUCAGGCUCAGGUUCAUCAAACCGUGUUUAUGUGGGAAACCUUUCGUGGGGUGUGGAUGACACGGCUCUUGAGAGCUUGUUUAGUGAGCAAGGAAAAGUUGUUGAGGCCAGGGUCAUUUACGACAGGCACACUGGUCGAUCAAAGGGUUUUGGGUUUGUGACACUCGGCUCUCCUCAAGAGGUCACAAGAGCCAUCAACUCUUUGAAUGGCACAAUAAACAUUUAUGUAUGUGCCAAUUACUGUACUUCCUCAUUGUUGUCUUCGUUAAAGUGUUGGAAGGCCGAGAAGCUUCUACAUAGGACUCCCUACUUGCAAGAGUACCAAACGUAG